GGAGAACACCACUGAUGGCUUUCAUUCAAAAUGGUGGAGACUGGGCAGACUUUCCAUUUAAUGUUUCAUUCAACAUUGAGUGUGGGAAGCCUUUUCAAUUGUCGACCAUCCAUUUGUUGUGUUAUUUUCCUCCAAAGCUGGAAGAGAAUAAUUUCUUUCAACUCAUUACAUGUGAUGAUCAAACAUGUUCUUCUAGGAAGUCCCCUUUUCAAAGAGCAAUUGAACGUCACAAAUUAAAGCACAGAGUCAUUGACAAUUGCUUAGACGCUGAGGGAUUUACGCCCCUUCAUAGAGCGGCACAAGGAGCUAAUUUAGUAGGUGUUCGUAGUCUCAUAAAAAUCGGUGCAAAUCUGACUUUGCUGUCUCCACAAGGACAAGACGCGAUUACCCUUGCGAUACUGCACUCGGGGGGAACCAUCGGGAACCAUCUUUUUGGAAACGAAGAACUGUUAGCUAGAAAAGAUAACGCAUCUCUUGUGGCUCUCCAGCUUCUUCACCAAGCGAUGAAAACUCGUGGUUUCCAGAUUGUAUGUGACCCUAGUAAACGCGAACUGACUCUAUACCAUUUGGCAGCUUCUCGCGGAUUGGUAAAAUUCAUACAGGAGAUAUUAAAAGAAAAAGAGCAGCAUAAGUUAGAUGCGAGUUGCCCAAACAAAGACGGG